UUGAGGAAAGACGUACAUUUUAAAGGAACCAUAAAGAGAUGUUCAGAAAUUUGGAUGAUGCCCGAGAGAAAACAAAAAGGGUGAAGAAUGUAGAUAAUUUGGAUGUGUCUCAGCAUGGAGUGCUCUUGGAAAACUGUUCUGCUUUUAGUGUGUACCUCUCUUGGGAUCCAAUAUACAGCCAUCCGCUCCCUAAGGGAUACAUUUAGCGCCCCUUGUUCAGGAGGGGAUCUGUGUCAGCGCAGGGAAGUUAAAGAAUAUCAGUGGAAACUAUUUUGUGAUGAUGGACACCAGACUCCAGAGUCAUUUCAUUCUCCUUCAAGGAAACAUAUCGUCCUAUUUGCAACAACAAGGAGUGGUUCAUCCUUCACAGGGCAGCUGUUUAACCAACACCCAGACAUUUUCUAUUUGUUUGAGCCUCUGUACCAUGUUCAACAAGCAUUCACCAACUCAAGUGCCAGACUUCGUAAAAUCUUAGAUCGCCGUGCCCUUCUGGGAGCCUAUAGAGACUUGCUACACAAUCUCUACAACUGUGAUUUUUAUUUCUUGGAGACUUACAUUAAACCAGAACCCAAAGAUCAUGCCACAGCUUCAUUUUUCAGGAGAGGAUCUAGCAGUGCCUUAUGCUCUCCACCAGUGUGUGAAGAAAGUCAUGACAAGCUUGAGCCAGAAGAAAUAUGGUGCUUUAAAAACUGCCGUACACUCAACCUCACUUUGGCCACUACAGCAUGUCAGGGCAGGAGUCAUAUGGCCAUUAAAACAGUCAGAAUUCCAGAAAUUAAGGAUUUGAAGAUUCUUUCAGAAGAUCCCAGACUAAAUCUAAAGAUUGUGCAUCUAGUGCGAGAUCCAAGGGGAAUCUUGGCAUCAAGGAUGACUGCGUUCAUGGACCAGUUUAGGGCUUGGAAGAUUUGGAAUGCAACUGGUAGGAGACCACAUUAUAUAGACCUUUCUCAAAUAACCAGGACUUGUACAGAUCUAUCUGAUUCAGUAGAGACUGGUUUUAGCAAGCCUGCUUGGCUAAAGGGGAAAUAUAUGCUGAUUAGGUAUGAAGACUUGGCAAAGGAGCCUGUGCAGAAAGCCAAAGAAAUUUAUAAGUUCAUUGGCCUGGGCAUGGAUCCCAAAGUCCAUACAUGGAUAUUACAAAACACAAAUGGAAGCAAUAAUGCAGAAGGAAAUUACAAAUUUACCACCACAAGAAAUUCAAAAGCAACAGCAGAAAGCUGGAGACUAAAUCUGGCAUUUGAUAUUGUGCAAACAGUACAGCGCCUGUGCAAUACCACAUUAUCUCAACUUGGAUAUAAAAGUGUGGGCUCAGUAGAUGAUCUGAGGAAUAUGUCCAAUAGUUUGGUUGAACCAAGAACAUUCAUUCCAUUUUUAUGACGUUUUGAUUCAGCAUGGUAUUUUGAAAUCACAAAUGUAAUAAAAAAAAGAUUAACCAGAAUUAUCAUGGUAUGCUAUAUGGUGUUAAUUACCCAUUGCAGUAGAGCUGAUAUUACUCCGUUGCAGGAAUUCUCACCAAUGCAUUAUUUAAGGAGAGAGUAUUACAAGCUGUUUCAAAAAAGAAAUGCAAGAUCUUAAAAUAAACUCAUCAAGGGUGAUGAUUACAUGGUCCAUUAAAUAAUAAUUGUGACAGUACUAUGACACUAGACAUAGUUUUGAAUUCUAAAGGCUUAUUUGAGUGUCUUUUAGGCAAUAAAAC